CCACUGGGGCAGGAGACCCGUGAAAGGCUGAGGCGCGCUCCUUGCAGGUUGUAGAACGGGCAUCUCAGUCAAUAUGUUGGCAUCACGGGCACUGCUGGUAAAACAGGUGGCGGCCGUCCUGACGAAACAGCCAGUCUGCCUCGCUCACCAGUCAGGGGACUGGGGCAACUGGGGGAACACCAACAUCGCGGUGGUGUUUUCUGGAUGCGGAUGGUGGGAUGGGACUGAUAUCCAUGAAGCUGCAUACACCAUGUAUCAUCUCAGCCGCAAUGGCGCUCGCUUCCAGCUGUUCGCCCCGAACCAGCAGCAGAUGCACGUGGUGGAUCACAUGAAAGGCCAGCCCGCGUCCGGAGAGAACAGGAAUGUCAUGAUCGAGUCGGCUCGUUUGGCGAGGGGGAAGAUGCAGGAUCUCUCCAAGCUCGAUGUCAGCAGCUUCGACGCCGUCAUCUUCCCAGGGGGCUACGGGGUCACCAAGAACCUAUCGACCUUCAACAGCGACGGCAAAGAUUGCAAGAUCAAUCACGACGUGGAGCGAAUCAUGAAGGAGUUCCACCGCUCCCGCAAACCAAUCGGGCUGUCCUGCAUGGCUCCGAUCCUAGCCUGCCGGGUGCUGCCCAGCCUGGAGGUCACCAUGGGUCAGGAGCGCGACGAGAGCAGCCGCUGGGGCCGCUGGCCGUACACCAGCAUGGUGCAGGCGGUGAAGAGCAUGGGAGCCCGCCACUCCAUCCGCGAGCCUUACGAGGCCCAGGUGGACGAGAAGAACAGGGUGAUCAGCACGCCCACCUUCAUGUGGGAGACGGACUAUCACUACCACUACAUCUUCGACGGCAUCGGAAGCAUGGUGAAGCACGUCAUGCGCAUGAGCGCCGCCAAGUAGAGAGGCCACGCCCCGGACGGGUCGGGAACCGGGGCACAGAGGGGCUGACCCCUCACGAGAAAAACUGCAUUCAACUGGGAAAACACCUGAGUGCGCUUUAUUUCUUAAUUAAGUGUUGUGUUACUGUAAGAGAUCUCCUGCGACCCUUUUGUGUUUUAAAACGAUUAGACAGUGUUACGGUGAUGACGCCACCGCCGUCAGAUACAGCAGCGGUAUUAGUUUUUUCUGAAGACUAUACAAAAUCAUUUUGUAAGGAAAGCGUGGGAGGUUGCCCCGGAGAAUCAGGGGCAGCGGGUAGCGAAGCUGCUGAAAAAUGUUGUUUAAUUAAGGAGCAGUCAUGCUUGCCCGAGUCUCAUCAGGGAGCAACGGCACAUCAAAUCUAUAAAAGCCUGUGUUGUCAAUAAUUAGAAGGCUCGGUUGUUAAGGCUGUCAAGUCAAUCUUCAUCAGGGAUGGUGACAGGUCUGUCGCUGACACGCACACACACACACCCACCCCUCUGUCCCACACUGAUGCACUCUCCAGCAACCGCAGCAAUUACAGAGCAGCGGGGAACAAAGAAACCACAGAAUGCUUCUUCAUGGAGUUAUUUCAUUAUUCUUUUUCAUGUUUUAUAUAUAUUUAUAUGUAUCUAUAUUUUAAAAGUCUGCAGCUACUGUGCUUUGACUUUUAAAACGCUGUGAAUGUAGAAGUUUUAGGCAACUUUCACGCGAUUUGAUUGGCUCUUGUAAUGAUGAAAUUUGCAUAUUUAUUAUUAUUAUUUAUUUCUUAGCAGACGCCCUUAUCCAGGGCGACUUACAAUUGUUACAAGAUAUCACAUUAUUUUUACAUAUAAUUACCCAUGUAUAUAGUUGGGUUUUUACUGGAGCAAUCUAGGUAAAGUACCUUGCUCAAGGGUACAGCAGCAGUGUCCCCCACCUGGGAUUGAACCCACGACCCUCCGGUCAAGAGUCCAGAGCCCUAACCACUACUCCACUAACCACUAUUCCCCUCAAAAGCUACACACACACACACACACACACACACACACACACACACACACACACACACACACACACACACACACACACACACACACACACACACACACACACACACACACACACACACACACACACACACACGUACACGUACCUUUGAAGCAGUAGGAGGUUAUUAAAUCACAUCUUCAAGUCCAGAAAGCAGCCCCUUCCUUUCUCACACUGUGUCGUUUCAACAGGGAGCAGCAGUACAGCUGUUUUAAACACAGGCUGACCAAACCUUAUUUAAAAACAAUAUAGGGCCAUUGUAAGAGCGAGUGAUAAGUGCAGGGGAGGUGUCAGAGUGCUGCAGCAGCAUCACGUGAGUCCGCUUGCUCCACGGUGAGUUUUGGCAAGGAUUAAAUGAGCACAGGUGUGCAGGAGAAGGUGAUAAAACAGAACGCACAGGGAAACACAAGAAGGCUGAGCUAGCAUGGGCCCAUAGCAGUGUGAUGAGACGCCGUCCCACAGGCUCUCAGCACAAGGACUGCAGCUUUAACAAUGGGGAGGCUUACACAGCGAGGAGAACCGUCUGCUAAUUCAUAAUUAAAACAGGAAUAAGACUCCUCCUCUUUUAAAUCUCCUCUCCUCUCUCCCGCAGACUCGCUCAAAAGGGAAUGCAGGAACACGCAGAGUGUAAUAGACAUGCAUUUUUAUAAUAGUUAACAGAUUCACAGACGCUGCGUUUAGAUUAAUUAGAAGCAUCUCCUUCUUGAGUUACAAAAAUGGUAAGGAAACAAAACCGGAGAGCGCUCAAGAGACCUUAAUGAUGUGAAUUAAAGGGCAUCUAAAUACUGGCGUCAUUUAAAUUAUUUUAAUGUGGCUUUUUAUAACCCCUGCUUUUUACUGACAGAAUAUACUAAAGGGAGUAAUGUGUGGUUACAGUUGGGGGGGGCGGGGAGCCAGAAAAGCCGUGGAAAAGUUCUUCAAUUUAUGCUUUGAUUAAUAUGAAUUGUUGGCAAAAAGGGCAUGAACUCUGACACUGAGUGAUGGUCUAUUUUUGAUAUACUGAUAUAUUGUUAUUUAAAUGUAAUUAUCUCAUUAUGUUCUUAUAUCUGCAAUCUGAUAUGUCAUGGUAGAAUAUAAUUUGAUGAAUGUUGAAUUACUGUUUAUCAUUCCUUUAGCUGUACUGUGUGUUACAUAUCAAAUG